AUGCCCACUGGCGUCCGUCCACCCAUUCCUCCCCACCGCCACUUGCCUGCUCCUCGCCAUUCACCCCCCCCCGAGCUCUCGCCCUCCCCUCUUCACCGACGUCCGCUCGUCGAGCAUGGCAAGAUGCCCGCCCUCAACGAGGCCACGCCGGGGACUGCCCUUGAUAUCCGCGUAGAAGAUUUUCUCGACGACAAGCUUCAUGAAGCCGCCGACCUCGACACCCUCGACCAACUCCUCGUCAACGUCGAAACGCAACGCAAUCAGCUCCAGUCCCAGCUCGACGAUGCUGCCAAGCAGCUUGAGCAGGCACGCCACACGGCCCUGGAUCGGCAAGGCUCCCUGCAGGCCCGGAUGGAUGAAUUCCACAAGCUGCAGGAGAGCAUAGACGUCCGCGUCCAAGUCGCGGCCGCGUCCGACGCACCGAGCGAGGCCAUCGCCCGACUCCAGGAGCCCAUGAAGAAGCUUCAGGCCGUCGAGCUGGCGCAAAAGUAUCUCUCCCUGCUGCAAAUGGUCGAGAGGCUGCGGGCCGAUGCUCGAUCGCACCUCCCGGAAAGCCCCAAGGCCGCGUUGGAGCCGUACGCUCAGCUGAAGGAGCUCACCAUUCGUCUCAAGGGCGUGCCCGGCAGCGGAGAGCUGCACUUGGUCGGCCAUGUCGAGACCGUCACAGAGAUGCUGUGGAAAGAAAUGAAGAAGACCAUGUCGGCCGAGCUGGAUGCUGUCCUGGCCAAGAGGCAUUGGCCCCGCGUCGACCCCGAGACGGAGAUGGAUGAGGAGUGGAUGUCCUGCUUCGAGAAGCUGCUCGACCUCCAGAUGCCCGAGAUUGUCCACAACACCGGUCUUGUGUCGCUUCUUCCCUUCGAUGUCAUGGCAAGCAUUUUCGUGUCCGAAUUCCGCUUCCACUUUCUCAGCGACAAACCGACAAGCAGCCUUCAGGCCAUCGGAACCCACUGCUUCCCGUGGUUCUUGGCCACGAUUGAAAAGUGGGAGGCCUUCUUCCGCGACAACCUCGGGCCCUUGCUGGCGACCAAGUUUGGCAACACGCCGGUGGCGGAUAAGAUGGUUUACCUCGAUCCCGUGUGCGCCCUCAUCACGUGCAUGAUGCCGGUCAUGAAGGAAAAGAUCCACGCGACCACGUCGGAGGCGACGGCAAACCCGCCCUUUCUCAGCGGCUUCAUGUCCCAAGUCAUGACCCUCGACGAUGACGUCAGGCAGAGGUUCAACUACGACGGCGGAGACGUUGAGAACGGUUGGGCAGGUCUCACCGCCGACGUCCUGGACAUCCAUUUCGACGCCUGGUUCCGAGUCGAAAGAGACUUUGCCAUGGAGCACUUUGAAAAAACAGUCGAGUCGCACGAUGCCCGAAAGAUCGACUACAACUAUGCAGUCGACGGGAAGAUGAAGCCCACCUUUGCCGCCGUUCGCAUCACCGACCUCCUGAGGACGGUGACGACAAAGUAUGAAAGGCUGCGCAAGCUCAAGCACAAGAGUCGAUUUCUCACCGGCAUCCAGUUGGACAUUCUCGACGGCUAUCACGAUCGGCUGCGCGGAUCCCUGGAGGCCUACCAGGCCAUGACAUCCACCUUGGGGAGGACGCUGCAUGGAGCCAGCAAGGAGCAGCUGGCCGCCCUCGAAGGCACCGGUGUCUUGGAGACGCUUUGCAAGGUCAUUGGCAGCGCCGACCACGUUGCCAAUACCCUGGCAGAAUGGAGCGACGAAGAGUUCUUCGUCGUGCUGUGGGAAGACCUGCAUGCUCAAGAUGAAGGGCGAAAGCACCAAGCUGUCCAUGACGAUCCACCCCCCGAGGCGGAUGAGAUGCGAGGGCACGGGCAAAAUCGCUUCGAGGCCGGCGGGGACGACGGCGGCAUAUUUGACGAGACUGCCGCGGCAUACCAGAUGCGACGCAAGGCCGCCGAAGAACUGCUCGUCGGCGCCUUGGUCGAGUCUCACACCAAGGCCUUCCGGACAUAUCUCCAUCACGUUCAGUGGACUACGGUUGGCGAGACGGCCGUUUUGGACGACCCUUCGCAGCUGUCAAUCACUCCCGAGCUCGACGAGCCGCUGCGCGUUCUCAAGCGCAACCUUGACUUCCUGUCCAAGGCACUCUCGACGGCGUCCCUCCGUCGCGUCUGGCAUGAUACGCUGGACAAGCUCCAGGACAUGCUCUGGAACGGCGUUCUCCUCAAGCAGUCCUUCACCACCCUCGGCGCGGCCCAAUUUGCGCAUGACGGGGCCGCCAUCUUCUCGCUCGUCGACAGGUACGUCUCCGGCGGGUCGACGGCGUUGGAUGCGCUGCGCGAGGGCAUGCAGCUUCUGUGCCUGCCACCCUCGACUGAGCCCUCCGGAGUGCUGCCGGAUGGUGCAUCCGCCAUCAGCCUCAAGGAGGCCAGCGACCGCGCAUUCACGAGCAACGAUGAAGCGCGCAAGGUGCUGGAAGAGCUGGGCCUUGAUGCCCUGACGCCCCUGAAUGCAAGGUACAUCCUGCAGAGGCGGGUGGAGAACAACGAGAACAUUGGGUGGUAA